AUGAACAUCGCAACUGUUGUCUUUUCGAUUUUACUUGCUGUGACAGCGCUAACUGUUACUUCAUCACUGAACAUUGAAGGUUCAUCCAAACGAGUUUUAGUUUUACUCGAUAAUUUGGCUAUCCGUGAAUCACAUUCAUUUUAUUUUAAAUUAUUGAAAGAUCGCGGUUUUGACAUAACGUAUAAAUCAUCUGAUGAUAGUACACUUCAAAUUGUUAAAUACGGUGAAUAUCUUUAUGAUAAUAUCAUUAUUUUUGCACCAGGAACUAAAGAGUUUGGAGGUCGAUUAGAUGCGGAAACAUUGGCGCAGUUUGUUGAUGCUGGUGGUAAUGUACUCGUAACCGGUAGCAAUGUCAUUGGUGAUGCAAUACGAGAGUUUGCUGGAGAAUGUGGAAUUGAGUUUGCUGACGAUAAGAGUGCCGUCAUUGAUCAUCUUAAUUUUGAUUCCAACGACAAUGGUCAGCAUACACUUGUCGUUGCAAAUACAGAUAACCUUAUUAAUUCAGAACUCAUUGUUGGUAAAGCUAAACAAGUCGGUGCACCAUUCUUAUUUCGAGGCAUUGGAAUGUCAGUUGAUCAAGAAAAUCCAUUAUUGAUAGAUGUUUUGACCGCAUCGUCGUCUGCUUAUACAGCCAAUCCCGAUCAACAAACGUUAACAGACUAUCCGUCUACUGUUGGUAAACGAACAUUACUUGUAUCUGUACUUCAAGCACGAAAUAACGCACGUGUUGGCUUUGUUGGCUCAUUAGAAUUUUUCAGCAACGAUUUUUUUGAAGCAUCAGUCCAAAUCGGUAAUUCUAAAAAACAUCCUCGAUCUGGUAACGAAGAAUUAGCAUUAGCAUUAACUGAUUGGGUAUUUAAACAACGUGGCGUAUUACGUUCAAGAAAUAUUCAUCAUCAUCUUCUUAAAGAUAAAUCAACACCGCGAUUUUAUACAAUCAAAGAAGACAUUAUAUUUAGCAUUCUGUUUGAUGAAUUUGUACAUGGAAAAUGGAUUCCCUUUAAUGGUACUGAUGUUCAACUGGAGUUUAUUCGAAUUGAUCCCUUCGUUCGUGUUACAAUGAAAAAUACUGGUGGUAAAUUAGAAUCACAUUUUAUCAUUCCGGAUAUUUAUGGUAUUUAUAAAUUUGUUAUUGAUUAUAAUCGUGUGGGUUACACACAUUUGUAUUCUGAAACACAGGUUUCUGUACAUCCUUUACGUCAUACUGAAUACGAACGUUUUAUAGCAUCAGCAUAUCCAUAUUAUAUUUCAACAUUUUCAAUGAUGGCCGUUGUUGUUUUUUAUUCUAUGUCUAUUUUACUAAAAACAAUCUCCUGUCCAUGUUUACCAAAACAUAUUCUCGAUUAUUUAUUCACAACCUAUCAAAUAACAACAACAAACGACUAUCUUCUUAAAUAUGAUGAUUUUGACGAAGAAAUAACGAAUCCUUGUUUAUCACAUUCACAAAUGAAAUGCAUUUAUUCAUGUAUAAUUGCUCAAACGGCAUGUUUAAAUGGAACGUGUCAAAUAUCAUUUCUACCACAAUCGUCUUAUUCUGUUGAUUUUGAACAAAUUGAUCAGUAUCAAUUAUUCUCUGAUAAAGAUGAUUCUCAUGUAAUGUUUCUGUUUGAAAACUUAAAACCUGAAAUAUGUAAUGAUUUUUUUCAUACAUUUCUUAUACGUUUAUGUUUGAAAAAUAAUUUUUUAAAAAUGAAAAAAUUUAAAUUUAUUAAUACAAAUAAUUUAUUAUUCAAUUUAAAAAUGUUUUAUGAAAAAUGUAAACAGUAUAUUCCAAAUAGAAAUGAUUUUUUUCAAAAUCAAAUGUUCUAUUCUGAAUGUUUCACACUGGAAUCAUUAUUAGCAGAAGUUCAGAGUAGUUAUCAGAAUAAUUCUGUUGAUGAUCAUCAAGAUAAUAAUCUUAAUAUAUUGAUUAUUAAUGAUUUGUAUUCAUUAUUUUCACAACAUAUUGGUUUAACUAUUGAAAUUCAGACAUAUGCUACUUAUUUAACGACUUUAUUUAAUACAAUUGCACAAGAUAAUUCAAUGUUGAUGUUAACAGGAUUAUUCACAUCUAAAAAUAAUCAGAAUGAUGAACAAGAUGAUGAUAAAUUUAAUUGGAUAAAAGCGAAUGUAAAAGUAUCAUUUCAGCCGAUAGACGAUAAUAAAAUUAAAAUUAAAGUUUUACGGGGACAAGUCGAUGGUACAAUUAACAAAGAAACAGUAAUUGAUUUGACGAAAUGGAAAAAUAUUUGA